GCUCUUUUUCUGCCGGCACCACUUUUCUUAUUUCAGGUUGAAGCAUUCCUUUUUCCCCCCCCACUUCGGGGCAGGUUCUUUGAACCCUAAGCGGAUUACUGGAGGCGUGUGAAGGACAGGGCGAGGAGGUGCCUUCCGGGGAAGAGAUUUGGCUCCAAAAUAGGACGCUAAGCGCCUUUCGCCUGGGCCCUUAAUUUGAUUACCUAGGCAGCGCCAGCGCACCAGGCGGUACCAGCCGAGACGGGCUGCGGCUGGCUGCUCUCUCUUUCUCUCUCGGGAGGGGAGGCAGCAGCCGGGCGGCCAAACGAGGAGUCACCAAAGCGACUGUUGCAAAAAAUGGAAGCGCCCGCGAAGCCGUGAGAGGAAAAGGAACGCCUUUUUUUAAAAUCAAGACCCAGCUUUGCCUUCGUUUCCAUGACAGUUAUUAGGUAACAGAGACAUUGAAUUGUCUCCCACAAUGCUCCGGAGAAAGGACUGGGGGGUGGGGAAGAAGUUGCUCCUCCAGUGACAAAGCGGCGGAGUUCCGACUCCGGAGAGCAGGAACUCUGCCUCUUCAGAGAAUUACAAACUCCGGGAAUAUUCUGCCUUUUUUUAUCGGCCGCCUCUCCUGCGCUCUGCCUGAAAGUCACGGGCAGGGCUGCUGCUGCUGGUGGUGGUUGCUUUCCUUCCGCCCCCUCCCCUCGAAAGAAAUCUUCAGAAUCGCUGCGCUGCUUUUCGCAAGGCACCGGCUUCGGCGACGCGAGGGAUAUGAACAAUUUUCCAGGUGGGCUACUGAGAGGGAGUGAAGCUGAAAGGCGUCCAAUCAGGCUUAGGCAACCCACAGCCUUGUCCAAAUGCCUCUCCGGCGGAUCUCGGUAAUCCCAGCGCAGGAGACCACCAGCAAUGGGAGAAGUUCCAUAGGUAGAAACAAAGAGAAGAACAGGGAAGUCGAGAAUGAAAAAUCUCCAGGCCGCUCAACAAGUCGAUCAAGUAACAUUUCAAAGGCAAGUAGUCCUACUACAGGGACAGCUCCCGGGAGCCAAUCACGGUUAUCUGUCUGCCCAUCUACUCAGGACAUCUGUAGAUCUUCCACUUUACAUGACCUAUCAGAGGAUACAUUUGAAACAUCCAUCCAUGUCAUGGGGCUGAGUUCUGCUAGGAAAAAUCAUGUUAAAAAGGUGAAACAAGGUGUUAGGCAGAGAAAGAAGGCCGAGGAGAAUUCUGAUGAUAUAGUAAAGCAAAGAAAAGACAAGGAUGUCAAGUCACAUCCCAAGAUCACAAAUCCUCGAUGGAACGCCUUUUGUAAAACAACAUCCGAUUCUUCAACUUCAGAUGAAAAUUAUUGGGCCCAAGUUAGAAAAAAAGAUAGAGCCAAAAUGCUUAGGAAAACGAGAAGACAGAACCCUCCAAAUGUUUCUACAGAUGAGCGUUGCAAUAAGAACACUAUUGAACUUGCCACGAUGGGAAUAAGUAAGGAAAAGAAGUCAGAUCUUGAAAGCUAUAAUCUAAAUAAUAGGAAGACAAUUAGAAGGUAUAAAGAAAACUCCCUCUCGUUAUCUUCUGUGUCCUCUGUGGAACCCAACUCCUUGAGACGGUCUGGAAAACACCAGAAUAGCCAUCAAGAUUCAGAACCUUCCGCUUACAUUAGGCAAGGUAGCACAAGCAAGGAGGACAGUAGUUCAGAGGAAAGCAUAGGCAGAGAUCUUUUUACAGUUACAGGAAAUGGAACACCUGCUGAGACAGGGGCUUCUGUGACAGUGGCUGCUCGGAAACGUCCUGUGUUUUAUGAUGACUUAUCUGAGGAAUUUGACGUAUGCAGGAUCUGUCACUGUGAGGGAGACGAUGAAAGUCCCCUCAUCACCCCAUGUCGCUGCACAGGGACCUUGCGUUUCGUACAUCAGGCCUGUCUACAUCAAUGGAUUAAGAGCUCGGACACGCGGUGCUGUGAACUCUGCAAGUACGACUUCAUCAUGGAGACUAAACUUAAACCUCUGCGAAAGUGGGAGAAACUGCAGAUGACAACAAGUGAAAGAAGAAAAAUAAUUUGCUCAGUCACAUUCCACAUUAUUGCUAUUACCUGUGUAGUUUGGUCAUUGUACGUAUUGAUAGAUCGGACUGCUGAGGAAAUUAAGCAAGGCAAUGACAAUGGAGUCCUAGAAUGGCCAUUUUGGACAAAAUUGGUUGUGGUAGCCAUUGGAUUCACUGGAGGCCUUGUCUUCAUGUAUGUGCAAUGUAAAGUCUACAUUCAGUUAUGGCGAAGGCUGAAGGCUUAUAACCGUGUGAUAUUUGUUCAGAACUGUCCAGAUACUGCCAAAAAACUGGAAGAGAAAAAUUCUUCCACCAUUCAGAACACUGAAAUUAAAGAUACUGUUGUGGUUCCGGUGUCACAGACAGAUACAAACUGUCAGCAAACAGAAGAAACUGUUCCUGAUGUCAUGCCAGUUUGAUGGAAGUAGCAUUUCUUUGGGAAAACAAAGUGAAACGUUUCUGUUAGCUACAAGGAAAAAAAUAAUCAAAUCCACAGAUUAUAUUUGAAAAAAGAACAAAUAUAAAAAAUAGCAAGGAAAAUUGAUAACAUGCACAUUACCUCUGAAAUGUAACUGAGAAAUGUUUUUUCACCUUUCUUGCUAAGUACAGUUAAAAGUGGAAGAUAGAAAAGCAAAAACUUCUAACAGGCAAAGGACAUGCCAACACUACUACUGAUGGCUUACAAGAACUGCGUUUUCAGAACUUCUACUUAUGUUCUGUUUACAAGAAAAAAAAGUUUAUGUGUAUUUGCUACUAUGGUCUUUUUGCUAAUUAUUGUAAACUUGGGGGGGGGAGAUCAAACAACUUUUUAAGGUUCUUAUAAAGGUAUGCAUCGAAGCACAAAUUAUCUGUUUGAUAAUGUGAUAUUUAAUGCUAAGGUGAUUACCCUAUAACAUUUAUGUAAAAACAACCACACUUAUCAAGUAAUAAUGGAUUUUGAGUAUUUGUAAAGUAGAGUAUUAGAAUAUUUUUCUUGGUCAAUCAUAGACACAGAAAUAAUUAACAAGAAAUUCCCUGACAAAUUGCUACAUUCAUCUGGAAUAGCAACUUAGUUUGUAAUUAUUCUUAUAUAGUAGAACAUUAAAAAUUUCCGGGCCACUGUAAGAUUACUCUUCCAAAGGACAAUUCAUUAAAUCGGAGUAUUAAGACAACAGAGUACUUUUGUUAACAAAAGGCUUUAUAAUUUCUAUUAUCUUUUUAUUUGGGUGAGGUAUUGUUUUAAAAAUAGCCUUGAAAAAGUCUAUGUGGACAGCAUUCACAUUAUGACAAUAUUUCUUCAAUGUGAACUUAAUUGGCAGUGUAAAUGCAGAAACUUCUAUAUAAGAAAGAAUUUAACAGUCAAGGAUUCAGUAGUUCAUUUGAUACUAUUAUUUUAAUAUAUUAAUAUAAAAUGAGGUAUGAUUAAACGAGAUGCUUAAAUUCAAAUCAGUGUAAGAAUGCAGCCUGCAGGGGAUCCAAAGAAUAAUUUGGCAUCCCAUUUCAGAAGUAUUUACCCAGGAGGCUUAAAGAAAGUAAGAUAUUUACAGAAAAAUAAGUAUCUUAUUUCUAUCGCUGUUAUGCUUGUUGAUUGUAUUGUGAGUUGUGCCCAAGUAAUGUGAGUUAAUACGAGAAAACAGUAAUAAGGGGAGCUUAUGAUGAAAACUGCAAUUGGUUAUUUCUAAAAGAAUUAUAAUUCAUGCUGCAAAUUUUAAAAAAUAGUAAACUGCCCUGAGAUGAUUAUAUUUGUUUGUUCCAUUGAGAAAUUGCAAAAGCAGUUAACUUCAUUAAGAUAAAUGGGUAUUUUCUCACUUGAUGUCAGGAAGUCAGAGUUGUUUGUAUUAUCAGAAAUCUAGCUUGGUUGAAAACAUAUUAACUGUAAAGUUAAUAUUAUACAAUAUGAUGGAUAUGACAAGAAUUAUAAUGCUGGAAAGCUUUCUGAAAUGAAAACUGGAUAACUGAACUGUAAACUAAGUAUUUCAGAUAAAAGAAAAAAAACGCCAUUAUAGUAUUUUGUGGGGGUUCAGAUGAUCCCAUAAUUUAAUACAGAUAAUGGGACAAAUGGAAAAGAAGUCUGGCCACAAGCCGAAAUAAAACUCAAGCUGAACGGUUUGCAUUUUUUUUUCCUAAGUGACAUAUAAAAGAUCAGGAUAUAGUUUGGGUUAUAUUUAUAAUUUGGAGUGAUAACGUAUGCUUCUUCUCCAACUAUAAAUAUUUAUGAUUUUACUAUGCUUUGCAUAGAAGAUCACUAUGGCAUUAAAAACUGAAAACUGAACUUAUAUACAACAAAAUGCACUUUCAGAAUAAUACUGCAAUGUGAAUUUCUUAUCAUUAUACUAAUGUUAAUGUCAGUCCAGGCAGUUAUUUGUCCAACUGCAUAUUUUGCAGAGACCGUACAAUGGAGCCCAUACAGAGCAACAUUGCGUAAAAGGAUUAUCAUGCAUGUGACAAAAGGCAAAUGGCUGGUUAUUCAUAUAUUCAGUGGCAGUAAAAUAUUACGGUAGAUUCAUAGAAAUGUUGGCAUGUUUAUAUAGCAUGGAUGCAUUGGAAGAAAAGGUCUACAUGAUUCCCAUACCAAGAUCUAGAAACAACUUAUCAUUAUGCCAGCAAGCGUUGUAAACAAGAUUUGUUUUGGCUUAAUUCCAUGGAAUUUAGGGAAUUAUGCUAUUUUUAAAAGCUGAUUCACAUGGAACCAGGCAUGAAGGGACAGCUUUCAGUUGUGUUUGAAAAUUAUAUUUGUACCACAAUUUGCAAUAUGCCAUCUUUUAUGCUGUCGAGUACCAGUUAAAGAAAAAGUGUAUUACAGAUACCAGAAAAAUGUGGAAUAUAUCAUCCUUUAAGGAAAAAAAGCAAAUUUUUAAAUUCCAGUAUUUUUUUUGGUUGGUUGGUUGGUUUAUUCUUAGGCAGCAUUCAAUUCCAAAUUAUCCUGGCUAUAAAUCUAAAAUACUAUUAGUAUAAUUGCUACAGGUGGAAAGCAAUCAAUAGAAAAGGUGAGUAUUGCAUUGUUGCACAGAUCCCCAUUUAUCUGAAAGUUAUCUCUCAAUUUCUGAAAACUGCACUGCAAUCUAUGAUGCAAAUAUUUUAUUAUAUAUAAUCAUUGGACUUGCAAGUUUGUUACUUGUUUUCCCAGUUCUCUUUGGGAAGAGCUUUUGUGGGUGAUUUGUGUAUUAAAAAGGUUCUUGGGGUGAGAAAAAAAACCUAAUUGUUGUGGAACAAAUUUGUAUUUGUAAUAAACAGAUGACUCUUAA